UUGUGUGUGUGUGAUCAGUGCUAUUUAUAACUUCAUGCUAGCGAAAGCGGACAGACUAACAGCUGGCCAUCGCUCUGACAGCCCUCCGUUUGGCCAGAGCCCCCCAGUCCUGCUCAGAGAGAAACCCAGCACAGAUCCAGACUGAGCUCUCGACACAACCUGACACGGCGCAGACAGCAUGUCUCGGCACACUCUGAUGUCAACACAGGAGAGGAAAAAGCAGGCGGCUGCUAUUUGUAGAGAGAUCCAUGCCACUGAUGAACCAGAGAUGGAUCUAGGGAGGAAAAUUAGCGCACCGAAGGAGAUCAUGUUGGAUGAACUUUCCUUAGCAUCAAACAGGGGCUCCCGUCUGUUCAAGAUGCGGCAGAUGCGCUCAGAGAAAUACACCUUUGAAAGUAUUCAGAAUGAAGUCAACACACAGCACAAUAUUGAUGCCAUUUCUCAGGGCCCAAGUGCUAAAAUGACAAACAUUUUAAAUAAUGAACACUGUCUUGGGGAUGACCAGGUACCAAAUACACUUAACCCUGAGACUAUUGCCCCAGGUUACGCUGGUCCCUUGAAGGAUGUUCCAGCAGAGAAGUUCAACUUUACAGCAAUGCCCAGAUCCUACCAGUCGCCCUGGGAACAGGCCCUCAUUAGUGACCCCUCUCUGGCCGAAACGCUGGUCGCCCGCAUGCCUGAGCCCCAAACCAGACAAGAGAUUCCCCAAUACAAGAGCUUCAACAGGGUGGCUAUUCCAUUCGGUGGUUUUGGCAAGGCACCCAAAGUCCCUGUUAAACCUGUGGAUGUGAACCCCAGCCUCCCCAGUCCUGUGAUCGCAGCACCCGCGGGGGUUAAACGGCCCACCUUCAACAGAACGGCCUCGGGCUGGGUGACUGACAGCGCCCCUCUGAUGCUUCCCAGCAUCCCCCUUGAGCCCAUAUCAUCCAUGUCUUCCACAUUUAUCCCUGAGUCAGAUGAACUCUGAGUGUUAUCCUUAUCAUUGUGAGCUUGAUUGUCACUGGAAUAUACAUUACUGGUUAAUUGUUUGGACUAAUUACAAUUUCUUAUUGUUUUUAAAAGAAGCAAGGCCGCAUUUAUUUGAUCAAAAAUAGAGUAAUAUUUAGAAAUGUGCUUUUUUUUUUUGUCAAAUUUAAAUUAUUUCUGUAUCCAGAACAGUAUUUUCAGCAUCAUUACUCCAGUCUUCAGUGUCACAUGAUCUUUCAGAAAUCAUUAUAAUAUGCUGAUUUGCUGUUCGAGAAAUAUUUUUGAUUAUUAUCAGUGUUGAAAACAGUCGGGCUGCUUAAUAUUUUGUGGAAGCUAUUAUACAGUUCAAAUGUAAGAGAAAGAAAGAAAGAAAGAAAGAAAGAAAGAAAGAAAGAAAG